CGCCCCCCUACCUCACCUCACCUCACCUCACCUCUUCCAGGUCUUUACCUCUUCCGUUCCCGCCAAAAAAAAAAAUCCCGUCCCAAACCCUAACCCUAAACCUAAUGGCACGGACUCGGAGAGGAGGAGAAUCUUCGAGCGGUGGGAGGACCAGCGGCGGGGGCUUCGGCGCUGGGGCCAAAGUCGAGGUACGCAGCGACGACGAGGGAUUCCGCGGAGCAUGGUAUGAGGCCACGGUCGUCCGAUCCCUCCCCCGCCGCCACUACUCCGUCGAGUAUGUCUCUCUUGUUUCCGAUGCGGAUCCAUCCGAGCCCCUCCACGAGAUCGUCUGCCGGUCCCACGUCCGCCCGCCGCCUCCGCCGGCGCUCUCCCCCACUCGUUAUCAGGUAUUGCAGCGCGUCGAGGUUUUUCACAAUGAUGGGUGGUGGGCAGGGGUGGUGUCCAAGCUUCAUGGAGAGGAUUCUGGGAGGUUUACAGUGUCCUUCCCCAACACAAGAGAGGUGAUGGACUUCCGGCCGUCGGAGAUCCGGCCGCUGCUGGAAUGGGUACGUGGACGAUGGAUCGUCGCUCGAGACCAGGAAGUUGCUGAGCCACUGUUCAGUGUGGGAGAGCAGGUUGAGGUCAGCCAGGAAAGAGAGAACUAUGGAGCUGCUUGGUUUGCUGCUAUGAUUGGAAGUGUUAUCAGCAAGUCCAUAUUUUUGGUGGAUUACAAGACCCUGAGAGCUGUCACUGACAGAGAGUCGUUGACGGAGAUUGUUGAUGCUCAAUACAUUAGGCCUGCACCUCCACCUGCAUCAGAAGAUGAGAAUUUUGGCUUACAUGAUGUUGUUGAGGUGCUUUACCAUGGUGGUUGGUCACUUGGAGUUGUUUCUCAGAUUCUUAAUGGGUCAAAGUACAUUGUCAAGUUGAAGCACCAUGAGGAGGAGAUGGAGUUUAAUCAUUCGGAAAUGAGAUCCUGCCAGGUAUUGGAGGAUGGGCAGUGGAUCAGCUAUUCCUCCCAGGACAAGAAUAGAAAAUCACCAAUGCUCGGUGGAGCCAGGUCCGCUGGAUGUAGAAGGAAAUCACAUGCUGGCAAAAGAUCUAGCCUUCCUAUUACAGUAUCAACAUCCAGUGAUGAUGAUGAUGAUGUCAGAUGCAUUCCUCUUUCUGCUGUUCUGCGUUUGAACUGUAAGAAGAUUGACGGAUUGGACACUGGAGUUCAGAUGAGCUUUUCUCAUCCUUGCAGAAAAUUAAAGCAAGGAAAGUUAUUUGAUUAUAAGUUACACUCACAGGGUCGUUUUUCUUCAAAAAGUCCAUUGGGGUUGGAGGCAGAAUCCCAAGUUGCUAAGCCUUUGCUAGAAGAUAGCCUCUCUUCAUUGGAUGUGCUGCAGCGUCUUGAAAGCACCUCCCCUGAGAAGAUUGCGACAAAAUUACUACGAAAUCCCUCAUCAAUGGAGCUUAAUUGUAGGCAAAACAUGACUGAGAUGAAUGGUGUAACUAAAUCAUUAACCGGGAGGAAUGAGCCUUCUGAUUUUACAUACAAGGGAUCAGAACAUCAGUCAAAAGCAUCUGGCUUCAACCAUUCUCCAGUUAAUGAUGAGGCCGACAAGUUCCUCCCGAUUACAGAAUGGGAAAGCUGUAAAGUUUCCUGUGGUCCUAGAGAGGGUUCUAUGAAGCGAAUAAAGAAGCUUGCUAUUCGGUGCCCACAUCGACAGAAAAAGUCCUCUGAAGUUGUUAGCAUGAAACAAUUUUCACAAGAGGAGAUAAAGACAAGAAGGAGAGGCAGGCCUGCAAAGAGAAGCAUAGAAUCAGAACAAGCAGAAGAUUUGCCUGACGAAGUUGCUGAAGAAGAGCAUGUAAGGCAAGAAGUUGAGCAAUCAAAUCAAGGUCAGUCUGGUGAUGCAUCUGUUGAAACUCGAGCACAUGGUCAUCAUGAUGAAGCAACGGGGCACAAAGACUCCCCACUACUUGUGAAUAUGCGGGAUUCUCCAACUAGUAAUGCUGUCAGCAUCUGUCAAACUGAUCAACAUAUUGAUGUAUUGCAAGACAGACAGACCAUGCCUCAGAUAGAAUUAUUAGCUCAAGUUGAUACACCGAUCAAGGUUUCCACAACACAACAAUUGUCAUUCAUGUUAGCAAGCUCAUUUCGCACGAGGCUUGAUGAAAUCUUAACUUUUGAUUCUCAGCGUAACAAAGCAGCAACUAGAGCAGAAGAGGGAUCUCUUGUAUCUGUUUCCAAGAAAGAUAACGCUGCUUCAUAUAAAGGGCUUAAUCCUAGUGAGUCACCAUCAAAGAGAACUUCUGAUGAGAACAAGGAGGCUUUGAUUGAUCCAUCAUCCAGUCAUUCAUCUUUGAAAGAGGUAAUAUUACCAUUUUUGAAGAGUUCUUCCAUGUGGGAAUCAAUUGAAGCGAUGGAUAUAUUCCAUAUAAUCCCACAACAACCACAUUUCCGCCCAUUGGAGCAGUACUCUAUGGAAUUUCGAGAAGGAAUGGCCAUAGGUCUCAUGGUAUCAUUUGCAAACAUGGCAGCUAACAUUCACAAAUUAAACAUUGCUGAUAACCGAUCCAUUUUUGAAGAAAGGUUGAAGGCUCUUGGCCCCUUAGAAGCGAAUGGAUUUGAUGUUGGACGUCUACGUGCCUGCCUAGAGGAGUUGCUAGAGACACAAAGUAAUCAAAGGCAAUCCGAGAAUAAAAAAGCAGACUUGCAAAGAAAGAUCGUAGAGAGAAAAGGUGAGAAUGACAGGCUUGAUGCAUUAGCAGUUCAAUUAGAUAGAACUAUCAUGGAUGUGGAACAAAAUCUAACCCAUUUCCGGGAGAGCAGAGAGUUGGUCAUAAUGCAAAGGAAGAUUAAUGAUACUAAGAUAUCGAAAUUACAAAAGGAUGUGCAGGAAGCUGAGGAAGCGUGUCAUUCUGCAGAACAUCAUUUCAAUACUACAGUAGUUGCUCCAUGGUGAAGGUAACACAAACACAUCAACCAAGGGAUCCCUACUUCUGUGUAAUUAUGAUUUUCAGAUUGGAAGCUCUUCUUCUCGUUGUCUGCACAAGUUCCAUUUAAAUGGUUUUUGUUGAUUAAGUGAACUACUAUUAUCUUUCUUAGAUAUAUCUGAAAGGUGCCCUAUGAUAUAACAGAAAUCUGAAGGCAUUUCAGAUUGGAUACUUUGUUCUUCAACCUAUAUUAUUUGGUAUCUCUCUUGUCGGAUUUCUAUUGCU